AUGAUUCACAAGAGAAUUACAGUUCCAUUCAGAGAAAAGUCGAAGAUCAUGGCUGAUAUGCUAAGUUCUACUAUCACGAGGCUACAAGAGUCUUCUGAUGAAGAGUGCUCUCUCAGGAGCUUGGUAAAUUCUAUAAGGAUUGAACUUGAGGACAUGAGGAGAGAACAGAUUGAGGAGGGGAAGAAGGUGAAAGCUCUUAAGGAAGAGAGCUUGAAGCUUGAGGAGAUGAAGUUAGAAGCUGUGGGAGCAAGAAACGAAGCUGAAGAGAUGAACAGCAAGAUAGAGAGUCUGAAGCAAGAAACAGAUUCCGCUAUGAUAGCUGCUGAGGAAGCUGAAAAGAGACUAGAGUUUGUUAUAAGAGAAGUUUAA